AUAAAACUCUUAGCAUAUACCUCGUGAAAACCUACGACAAUGUCCUACAACAACGAAGGCUACGACAAUGACCAGCGCCGCCGCCGCGACGACGACGAUAGCUACGGUGGCCGCCAGGGCGGUGGGGGCAGAUACGGAAAUGAGGGACAAGGAGGGGGGUACGGCAAUGAAGGGCGUCAGGGCGGUGGUGGAGGGUACGGCAACGAAGGAGGAGGGUACGGCAACGAAGGGGGAGGGUACGGCAACGAAGGGCGCCAGGGCGGAGGAGGUGGAUACGACAACGAAGGUGGUCAGGGAGGAGGAUAUGGCAACGAAGGACGUCAAUCGGGUGGAGGAGGUUAUGGCAAUGAAGGCCGUCAAGAGGGAGGGUACGGCAACGAAGGCCGCCAAUCCCAAGGCCAAGGCCACAGCUCCGGCACGCCCUACGGCGGCGGCGGUGGCUACGGCGGUGGCAGCGACGACUUCUCCGGCGCGGCGGAGCAUGCCUCGCACCAUGCGGGCGACAGCGGGGACAGCUCGCUCUUUAGCAGCGUGCUCGGGCAGCUAAGCGGGCGCAAGCAGCAUCUGCAGAACGAGGAUAUCGAUGAGGGCGAGGCGGUGCGGCAGCAUCAGCAGAUGUAUGGAGGAGGAGGUGGUGGUGGUGGGGGGCAGGCUAGUUCGGGGGGGAUGGGGGCUGCGGCGGCGAUGCAGGCGUUGAAGAUGUUUACGGGGGGAGGGGGUGGUGGGCAGCAGGGUGGACAGGGAGGGGGGCAGAAUCAGUUUAUUGGUAUGGCGAUGGCGCAAGCGAGCAAGUUGUUUGAUCAGCAGAGUGCGCAGGGGAAUACGCAUCCCGAAGCCACGAAGCAGGAUGCUGUUUCUUCGGCUGCGCAGAUGGCGUUCAAGAUGUACAUGAAGUCCGAGAUGGGUGGUGGAGGUGGGAGCGGAGGUGGACUCAUGAGCAUGGCCAGCAAGUUCUUGGGCUGAAGGGUGAUGGACACAGCAUGCGAAUAGCAGUCUAUAGGAACGUCAUAUUCCCUGAUUGUGGUAGCAUAAAAGAAGAUGGAACUCCCAUUGGCAUACACCUCCCGUCCAUUAUUGUGUAGUGUUGAAGUGCAUGUCCGCGGCAAAGCUUGGAACAUCGAGAUUCCAACGCCUCAAUCACUCGCUAUUGUCCCUUUGCUCAUGUAUGCUCAC